CGGUGAUUUGUUUAAUAAUUCACUUUUCAGGAAUUGAUCAAGAAUCUAAUUGAUGAAACAGAUAAAUUAUCCCGAUAUUUGAAGCCCAUAGAAGAGUACCGUAAAAUUCUGGACGAAGAAUUGAGCAAGCAAGCCGAAAAUCCGAACUAUGUUUUGAAUGUAGAACGUAUUAAAACAGCAUCCGAUAAGCUGAAAAUAGAUCCAAAAGAUGUUCCAGAUUUUCUUUAUUCGGAAAAAAACAAAAUGGUCAAGUCUAGAAUUCAAAUUGAACUAGAGAAUACAUAUCCAAAAGAAUUGGAAGAAUUUACUCGCAUUUUCCAACGUCUAGCAACGGCUGAGAAUGAUGAUGUCUUUAAGGCUUUACUACGUAAUCUACGCUAUAGACUUAAUAUAGAUUCCAAUAAACUUGAAUUAUUUUUCGAUCUAACUAAUAAUAUGAAACAAAAUACUCAAUCAGAGAAGCCCAAAUUGGAUUCGAAAGAAAAUCUUGAAGAAAUAAUUGAAAGACUACCAAAACCAAAUAAAAGCAGCAGCAAAGUCAACGGACGACACCAAAGUCCAGAAUUAGUUCUUCCAAAAUCAGUUGAUCAACUAUUAGAUGAAAUUGAAUUCGAUGCAAUAGUCUCAUCGUUUUUAUUAAAAUGUGUGAACAAACAAAAAAAUAUUUUUCUCCUCGUCUUAUUGACUAUAAAACGACAGCGUUUGAGAAAUAAUACGCUAACAUCGUUAUGUCUAAUUAGUCAUCAUCCAGUUUUUACACAAUUUCGAGAAUGUUUAAUUAAAUUAAAAAAUAUUAUCUAUGCAUGUAAUGAACGGUCAUGUGCAAAAAAAAAGCGGGAGCAUCAAGAUAAAAACAGUUUGAGUGUAUUGAGUGGUCAAGUUGAAGUUUUACUAAAUGAACCACCGAUGUUAUUUGCGCUACCUGAUCAUAGUCGUUUGUCACUUGUCGAUUUUCCCUUACACUUAUCAUUCGAGUUGUUAGACAUUGAUUUAUGUAUUCGUGUUGUAACAUUGAUAAUGCUAGAAAAUAAAGGUGGUCUUUUAAUCUCGUGA